AUGGCUUUGAAGCACAUCUUAAAGGAGCUUAAGGACUUGCAGAAAGAUCCAUGGACUUCAUUCUGCACAGGUUCUAAUACAGGAUGUGCUUAUGAUCGCACACAAUUAAAAAAUAGAUGGGAUGCCGUAAGGGACUUUGGAUCAUUUACAAGAUUGGUUAGAAAGGAAUCUAGCCUUGGAUGGGAUCAUGAAAAUCAGACCAUACAAGCUCUUGAAGAAUGGUGGGCUGAUAAGAGCAAGGAGGAUCUAGAGAUUUUGAAAUGGAAGAAUAGGGGACCUAAAUUCUUGGAGUUACAAGAUAAGUGUUUUGAUGGCACAGUAGCUAUUGGAUUAGCUCUGUUAAUUCCAUAUCAAAAUCCACUGUCAUAUGAAGGAACUAAUCUUCAUAACGAGGAUGAACAUGAUGAGGGUGUUGAACAUAAUGAACAAAAGCUGGCUAGUGAGGAUGAUACAGAUAGUUGUGAAGAAGGUCAUGAAACCCAAAUAAAUGCAAUUCCAAAUUCUUCAAACAAAAAGAGGAAGAGGGCAAACAAAGGAGACAAAAAAACUUGGAGUAGUUGA